AUGAACAAUAAUACCUAUAAUAUUACAGUCCGGCCGAUCGGUUCUUUAACGCCUGCUGAUAUUACGAUCAUCGUUACACUUACACAUCAUCGUUUUACAGGCGUUAAAUUCCCAGAGUCGAAAAUUUUACAUUUGUGCAAGGCGAACGUGUACAUGUACGCGGAUUUCGUGUCGGACGUGACUUUUCCGACGGACGCCAGCCGACUCUGCGGGGCCGUCUGCAGGAGUUACCAGGCGUCGAUGUACACCGAACAAGGCGUGACCGUGUCGCUGAUAAACUCCAACUGCGACUAUACCGGCGACACGGUCAUCGAGGAACGUUCAGCGAACGAAACGCACGCGGCCACCUGUCCGGACCUGAGCACCGCGUGCGUGUGCGCGUACAACGUCCGCUGCAACAGGAAGACGAAACUCAUGAAAUACACCCUGACGCCGAAUGAGAAGGGAUACCUCAGGGUGUUGGCGGCGGACUGUGGGUCGUCCGGUUACGUCACUUGA